UUCACACCCGCCGAGAAAACGAACGCCCUCCGAGCCGGCAGCCGAGAGCAGCAACCCCAGCUCGGCCGCUGCCGCCUCCCGCCGGCGGACGGCCGCGUCGCCGGGCAUGGCCGGGCAGCCGCCGCAGAACCCGGAGGACGACUUCCUCGACCAGUUCUUCUCCCUCACCAACUCCCUCUCCGCCGCCGGCCGCCCCUCCGGCGACCAGCCCUUCUCCCUCGACCUCAGCCUCGACGCCGCGGCGGACGCCUCCGGGGGCAGGGGGGGCAUCGGAGACGAUGCCGACAAGGCGGACCGGGACGCCGUGCAGCUCCCCGGCCUCUUCCCGCCGGUCUUCGGCGGUGGCUUGCAACCGCCGCACCUUCGCCCCACCCAUCCUCCCCAGAUGUUCCACGCGCAGCAGUCGAAGCAGGGCGGAUCAGCCGGUGGGCCUCAGCCUCCGGCGCCUAGGCCCAAGGUGCGAGCGCGUCGAGGCCAGGCGACCGAUCCCCACAGCAUAGCAGAGAGGCUAAGAAGAGAGAGAAUAGCGGAAAGGAUGAGGGCCCUACAGGAAUUGGUCCCCAAUACGAACAAGACAGAUAGGGCAGCAAUGCUAGAUGAGAUCCUAGAUUAUGUGAAGUUCCUUAGGCUUCAAGUGAAGGUUUUAAGCAUGAGCAGAUUGGGUGGUGCUGGUGCUGUCGCGCAGCUGGUUGCUGACAUUCCACUUUCAGUUAAGGGGGAAGCAAGUGAUAGUGGAACCAAACAGCAGAUUUGGGAAAAGUGGUCAACGGAUGGCACAGAAAAGCAGGUAGCAAAGCUAAUGGACGAGGACAUUGGUGCCGCAAUGCAAUUUCUCCAAUCCAAGGCACUCUGCAUGAUGCCAAUCUCUCUUGCCAUGGCAAUCUACGACACACAACAUUCACAAGAUGGCCAACCAGUGAAGCCUGAACCGAAUGCUACGUCCUAGUAUAGUAACAGCAACUGUAACACGCAUCUCUCCAGCUGCUAGUAGCCACCAACCUAUCAAAGUGUAAGAUAAAACAGCUCGUUUUGGUUCACUAACAAGGAGGCAAGAAAAGACCUAUAAGAUCCUCUCCACUCAAAGUUGUACCGAUGGUAUAUGAUGUCACCUACCCCUUUCCAUCUUUUGUUCAAAGGUGCUUUAAUCUCAA